GCUCCGUCUUUGCGGGGCGGACAGUUAAUAAGCCACGGACACUGACUGACUGACUGACACACAAGCCCCGAGCGCAAGGGAGACGUCCUCCGGUGCCGCCGAGCGACACGAUGUGGCUUCGAGAGGAGCUUCUGAAAACCAUUUGGCACGCUUUUACAGCCCUGGACGUGGAUCAUCGUGGAAAAGUUUCCAAGUCUCAGUUAAAGGUGCUGUCUCACAACCUGUGCACAGUGAUGAAGAUCCCUCAUGACCCUGUGGCCCUCGAAGAGCAUUUUAAGGAUGAUGAUAAAGGGCCUCUGUCCAACCAAGGCUACAUGCCUUACCUCAACAGGUUUAUUCUUGACAAGGUACGGGAGGAUUUUGAUGUAUUAGAGUUCAACAAGAUGUGCUGGACACUGUGUUACAGGAAAAAUAUCUGCACUAAACAUCUGCUCAUCACAGAUGAUGAUGCCUUCAAAGUCUGGUGCAUUUUCAACUUUCUGUCAGAAGACAAAUACCCACUAGUCAUCAUCACUGAAGAGAUUGAGUACUUUCUGCGAAAGCUGGUGGAGACCAUGGGGGGUGGAUGGAGUGAGGAGAAGUUUGCAGAUUACAAGCUGCAGCUGAGCACAAAGAACUGCCUGACUGCCUGGGAGCUGAUUGAACUGGUGGGGAUGGGUUACUUCAGCAAGGGCAUGACCCUCCAGACCCUGUCCCUGGGCAUCAAUGAGAUCUUCCAGGAACUCAUACUAGAUGUACUCAAGCAGGGAUACAUGAUGAAAAAGGGCCACAAAAGGAAGAACUGGACCGAGCGUUGGUUUAUCCUUCGACCCAACUCACUGUCUUACUAUGUCUGUGAGGAUCUCAUGGAGAAGAAAGGAAAAAUCAUUCUGGACCGAAACUGCUAUGUGGAGUCUUUGCCAGAUAAAGACGGGAAGAAAUGCCUGUUUAUUAUCAAAUGCACCGAUAAAAGCUUUGAGAUCAGUGCAUCAGAUAAAAAGAAGAAGCAGGAAUGGAUUCAAGCCAUUCAAACGUGCAUCCAGCUGCUGAGGUUGGGGCUGCUGUCUCCUCACCGUGAGGCUCGACUGAGGCGCAGGGAGCUCCGGCAGAAGCACUAUGCGGAGGAGGAGGACCUGGUGGAGAAGAUGAAGCAGCUCCAGGCGGCCAAUGAGAACAAACAGAGACAGCUGGAGGCCAUGAGAGAGAAAAUGGAAGAAGCUGCGGCUAAAGCAGCAUUGGAGGAGCACAUGAGGAAGAAGACUCAGUUAGACUUACAGGAUCGCUACAGACUGGACCUUGAGAGAGAGAAAAUGGUGCGUCAGCAGAUGGAGGAGCAGGUGGCUCAGAAGUCCAGUGAACUGGAGCAGUACCUGCAGCGCGUCCGGGAGCUGGAGGACAUGUACCAUCGGCUCGAGGAGGCCUUAGAAGACGAGAGGCAGGCCAAGCAGGAUGCAGAGACCAUGCGAAAACUGCAGAGCAGGCUGCUGGAGGAGGAGGCAACAAAGAGGGCAGAGCUGGAGCAGAUCCACCUGCAGCAGCAGAGGGAGCUGUCUCAGACUGAGGCUGAGAAGCAGGAGCUGGUUGCCGGGCAGCUGGCCCAGGAGAGAGAACUUCAGACAGCCAUGCUGCAGCUGGAGAGACUGGAGAAGGAGCGGCAGGGAGCACUGGUGCAGUAUGAGGAGUCGUCGAGGAAGCUUGAACGAGCAGCAAACAAAACAAAGACUUGGAAAGACAAGGUGGCCAAACAUGAGGGGCUGGUGCGUCUCAUCCAGCCAGGUCAUAAAGGACCUCAGAAGAUCACUAACUGGGGUCCAGCAUCGUUCACUGACACUGAGCUUGAGAUGAGGAAGAAGUCAUGGCAGGAGAGUAAGAACCAGGGGGCUCAGGCUCAGUGAACACUCACUAUGACAGAUGGAUGAUGCAUAUGCUGAUCGGGAAAACUCUGAUUGUAAUUAACUGAGGAGCCUGAACUGUCACAUUUCAGGUCAGAAUAAGUUUGAUAACAUGAACGUACUGAGCCACAUGAUAGCUGGGAUUCUUUUAAAUGUAAAGCCUGGAUUAACUGCAUUUCAUCAGUUGGUUUUAUAACAAAAACAAAUUACGUUCAAGCAUCAAAAGUUCAUUCUUGACCAUGGAAGUAGUAGUCUGACAAAAUCAUCUAAAGUCAAGGUCCACUUACCAGCUUUUUUCUGGUGAUGAUGGGUCAAGUAACGACAUCUGUUCCAUCUCUAUGACAAUUGAGCAAACUUCAUCCACUGAUGAAGACUGUGAGAUGUGAUUGAAAGCCCCAAGAAGGUUUAUAUUGUCAAACAUUCCUAUUCUCGUACACUUGUUUUUUGCUCAGUUUAAUUUCUUCUUGUGUAAUAUCACUCCCUCCUUUCUCAUUUCAUAUGCUAUGUUUAAUUUAACUACUUUGCAGUUUUUUCAUGUUUUGUGUUUUAAUAAUUUGUUACUUUGAGAACGUGAUCACAGCAAAGUGCAGACGAGGUGUGAGCUUCAAAGCAAGUCCAUCAAAAAAUGAAACAUGUUGUAAGCUCUGCAAGCAGCACAUCACUCUUUAUUCACAAAACUUCUUUUGCUUUCUUGACUUCAUCAGGAUGGUGUCUGAGGCUGUUUCCAGUUUAUUUACAUACAAUACUUUGAUCAAUUAUAUGAAAAAAAAAUUACAAUCCUCAUUUUCUUUAUUCUCGGACCAUGCGGAGUGUGACAUUACAAUCAACGUUUCACAACAUUCUGUUAUGAAUAAACUUCAUCUUUCAUCUUUUCAUCCUUAAUCAAUGGGUAAAAAGGUUGAAUAUCCAUUUUUUAAUACAAGUAAUCAAAUUCUGUAUUCUUUCAACCUAACUAUCCAGACUACUCUUUCAAAACACAGCGUAUUUAAAUCACUUUUAUCACUUAACUGACCUAACUAAUUCCAGUCUAUCUGCACUUGAGCACAUCCAUCCAAGAGCUAAAUUUCCAAUAGCUCUCAAAGAAAUCUUGUCAGUGGAGAUCAAAUAUAAUCCAGUAGUCUCUAAAGAAAUUGCUUCAAGUUGAAUUCCUCAUUUAAUCCAUAAGUGUCCAGUUUAUAAAUCCAGAGUGCCUCCCUCAUAUUAAGAAGCAGCUUUUCUAAAUCUCCCCCUCUCUUUGACUAACAUACCUUCAAUUGCCCAGAGAUAUCUGCGGCGGUGUCCUCAGGCACCACGCCGAUGAAGGCAAGACAGCCCAAAACGUGUGCUGAAUACAGUGUGGUGCACUGGUGUUUUUGUGUUUUGACAUAAAUUUGUUAUGAUGUAAACUAAUGAAAAUAUGGAGCAUUUUACUUAUAUUGAGCAGAGUAUAACAAAUUUUCCACUCUAGCUCGGUUUAUUAGCUAAAGUUGAGUGAAUUGCGUCUGUUACAGUCAUAACUAAGAUGAAAAAAAAUAAAAAAUAAAACACCAUCUAUUUUUUAUGAAAGUGGAUGGCUGUUUUAUUUCAGAGGUCCCCCCAUAUCAUAGGGUGAGGAGAGGCUGUUUACAAAUAAAGACACUAAAUGUGUCUCUGAAGAAUGCAAGAAGCUUUACCUUUUUCUCUUCUCUUACUUCACUCAUUACGAAUUAUCUAUGUCUUGAUCAUGAUGAACUGUGUCCACCAGAUGUCGCCAUAUGAACAGGAUCCUCAGUCUGUUAACUGAGCAGGGAUCGGAGUCUGACAAACACAGUCUUUUGCUUAAAAGCGAGAAAAACACCGCAUGGGUGAUAUUUUAAGGAUGUUUUAGGAGCCUCAGUGUGUCUCCACCACUGGGUCAUGAUGGUGGCUUCAGCCUUUUAACUGGGAAAGCUCAAUGUACUCACCAGUGUUAGGUAUUCUUAAAAACAGCCAUGUUGUCCAGAUGUUUCAGGGCCCUUGUAUUUUUCACUCUGAAAAGCUAAGCCUGGUGUUAUUCUGACCAAAACCAUGUUGGUGGCACUCAACCCCAAACCUGUUUGUUCCUGAGGACCCCCAUCUUAAAAACAGAUCACAGGUACAUAGUUUCACUUUUUCAAAAGGCAAAAAUCUUUUUCUAAAGCAGCCUGCCAUCAAUUCAGUGUUGCCUUUGAUCUUUUCAUGGGAUUGGUUGACAGCAAGAAAAUAUAGACUGUCAGCAGCCUAAUAAUUUAAGUCAGGUACAUCAUUUCAUAUUUUUCAAACAGCAUUGCAGUAACCUGUAGGGAUGCACCAGUCCGAUCCGGCGGAUCAGAUCAGAGUAUGAGUACUGAUACUAACCUGAUUAAGCAGAUCAGGUAUCAGCCUCGACAUGUCCGAUGCACGCUUAGUACAGUUUCUUUCUUGCGUUCAUUAAUUCGCAGUGACUCAACUCCUAGCACCACAGCCCCCCCUGACCCCAUGUUACUUCGCACAAAAAGGAUUCCAGUAAGUUGCUCACACUGUGGUUUACAGAUUUUCAAUUCGGGAGAGAAAGAGAGCACCUGUUGUAGAUUGAUGCUCAGGAUUGGCAGAUAGCUCCGAGAUGAGGUACUGGAAACAAUAUCGGAGAGAAAAGGUUGGAUCAUGGCAUCCCACGUACCUGCCUGUUUGUAUGACAGGUCUGUAGGUGUUGUACAAUAUGACUUCAUUGUUCCAGUUGCCGCAAAAACAAGAUUAAUCACACUUGACGCACGUGAUGUGCAGCAGCUAGGUCUCAGUUUUGCUGCAUCUGUGUCAAAACAAAUCAGUAUAUGCAACAAAGGAUCACUGUUCUCACACGCACACCUCACAUUUGUCAUCCUCACCCUCAUACCUCAGUGAGAAAAGGGACGAAGUUGUGGGUGCCUGUUUGUCUCGUGUCUGCGAGCCAGCCUGCACAAUGAGCAUCUUUAGUUUCUGACGUAAAAACUCUCAAACCAACUCAAUUUGUCCUCCUUUGAGAAGGGAGCUGGAAGGAAAGAGACAGUUCAAGUUGAGUUCAGAGUUGCCAGAGCAGGAGACGAGAUAAGAACCUGCAUUCAUAAACUGAUUCAACAGUCAGCACCAUGCAGAUCUCUUUAUACCGUCGGGUUACUGAUAAGAUCAGCUAUACAGACAGAUUGCCCAGAUCUCUGAUCUAAUACUGUAACUCGGAAUGUGGUUUAUCACCAAAACAGAUCAAGUAAUCCACACGGCUCUUCCGUUACGCACGUCUUUGUUCGUUGGGGUGACAGUUCUUCAAUUGGUGCACAAUGACAACAUUUAACAC